AUGAGCGUGCGUCGGAUAAUUGUAAACCGUCGAGUCGACGAGUUUCGCGUCGUUGUGUGCAGUUGUCGUCUGACGUGUCGCUCGCGAGGGAGGGAGGAAGUCGCACCAAGUGUGAUCUCGUUUACAGGGUGGCAAGUCAUGGUGUCGAUGAGACGUCCCUUGGGAGUCACCUGCCUGCUGUUUGCAACACUUGUCGCGAAGUCGACAGCGAUUCGAGCGAAGCGAGGCGACGCCAUCGACUACAGCGACUAUGAUUAUUCCUACGGCGUGCAUCAUUGCUUGGCUGACGUCUACGUGAUGAAUCUCUAUCCGAGCCGCGAGCAUCGCGUGCGGGUGACGUUUUCUCGCUACAAUUUCACGGAUCUGGAAUACGAGCAGCACGCGAACGGCAAGUUCGACGUCGCUGUGUCCGACAUCGUCGAGGUGUCACUACUCUUGCAGAACGGAAGUGUGGUCGUUCCUCCUCUGAAGAGAGACAUGCAUUCAAACCACAACUUCAUGUUUCCUCAGCUUCCUGGUUGCAAGCUAAACAUUGCCGUCAUUGCAGACAUGGCGGCCAACGGUCAAUUUGAAUUUGCAUUCAACAUCUUUAAAGCCGACGAGGAGGAGGACACACUCGAAAUGACAAGAUUAAUUGUCUACAAUGGAUUGCUACGAUUCUCUGGUGCUCUGGACGUUCUUGUCAACAAGGGCAGUGACGUGUUUUUUAUUGGACAUAGGCUGUAUUUAGGCCUCCGUAUGUCGGGACUGAUUCCUGCAGGCUACUGGCUAUUGAAGGUUGUUCCUAGAAAUGCUGUGUUAAAUUACGAGGAUUUCAAGCGCGCCAACUCGCUAAUAAAUCCCAUCGAACUCAACCUCCAACCCAAUGCAUGUUACUACAUCGCAUUACAUGGAUAUUUCAACUCUGCUGGAGAGUACCCGGCUACACUGGCUGUUGUGCCUACAUCAGGACUAAACGCAACGCAACCCCAAAUCUCAUCUGGGGCAGUCUCAGUCAGUAUGUCGGCCGUAUGUAGUUUCGUCGUCUUGUUUCUGUUACUUGUUGUAUUAUAAGAGAGACAGUAUGGAGAGAGGUUUAAUAAGUAAAGCUGGUAGUUGUUAGAGCUUUAUUUUUUGCAUCUUGAGAGUAUGACAGGACAUGCUAUAUAAGAGUUAUACGGUUGUAAAUAUUGAUUUGAAACUCUGAUGUUUCAUUUUGUAAUAACAGACACUGCCAAUCUAUUGGCAGGACGACAUUCUAAUCGACUGCAGAAGAGAUACACCUUGUUGUGGAACAAUGGAA